UGUUUUACACAUCCAACCAUCAGACCAGAGAAGAACUCAGAGAGCUGACAAGACUCACCAAAAGAUCUUCAGAUAUUUAGCUGAAGUUAAACCAGUCAAACCCUCCAAAGAUGAAGACAUUCAGUGUUGCAGUUGCAGUGGCCGUCAUGCUCGCCUUCAUUUGUCUUCAGGAGAGCUCUGCUGUCCCAGUCAAUGAAGAGCAAGAGCUGGAGCAGCAAAUUUAUUUUGCUGAUCCAGAGAUGCCAGUGGAAUCAUGCAAGAUGCCGUAUUACAUGCGUGAGCAGCGUCAGGGCAGCCCUGCUAGAUGCAGGUUUUGCUGCCGUUGCUGUCCUAGAAUGAGGGGAUGUGGUAUCUGCUGCAGGUUCUGAGGAUUCCUGCACCAGCCUGGGAUCUCCACAACACCCACUAAAUAUUCAUUUGUUAUGCAACUUCACAGCUUAUAAACAAGUUUUGCUGCUUUUUGCUGUUUUUUUUUCUUUCUUUGAGAAAUUUCACAACUUUCAGGUUGUUCACUCAAAGAAUUUGGGAAUGCUGAAUUUGUAUGUGCUCAUCUGCAAAAACUGUACUGUGUGCCAUCCCAAUAAAUUUUAAUGUUAGCAUCA